AUGGUUAAAAUUCAGUUGUACUGUCCAUCCACCAAGAAGACUGUCGAGGACUUCUACGUCACACCAUUUCAGACUCUCCAGCAAGUUCUACCAAGUGUACGGCUUGCCUUCGACCUCAAGUAUGCAGCGAUAUACACCACCGAGGCCAAACCAAUCACGGAACCGAGUACCCUUGAAGAAGACCAGCGGGUCCUGGUAGCGGCCAGCGCUACGGAAGUUAUGUUACCCGAUUCGCCAUCUGAGUGGGUACUGUACGACGGCGAGGAGGGCGACGACAUCCACCCGGACGUCGAAUGCUAUGGCCUGGGUUGGGAAGAACUAUGUGACGCCGACAUGCGUCUCCACAUCACCAGCCUAAACGAACAGAAGCCUGCAUCUCGCAAUAAGAUGCGUAUCACGCGCGAGUAUAAGCCUGUUGAGGCCGACAUUAACGCAUUGGAUGCUAAGACUUCAACCACUUCAAGUAUUGCCGAGGACGAGGACCACAUCGAGAAGUGCUGGGGCGUCACCGUCGAACAUUUCCUUCCUACGUCGAUGAAGCCCGCCGCCGCCAAGUCCAGCUCGAAAGCAUGCGACUCUUCCACACUGGCUGUCCUGAGCAUCAUGGCCGGCUUCACUCAAGGCCAAUCUCGUCUCGCUUUAGAAGUCCUGGAAGAAGCGGUCGCUCUUCGCACCGAAGAGGAUCAAGGUGACCACAAGGAUCCCGCUUUGCAGAAAGGCGAUGUCUUGAACGCUAUCACCCUCAUCUAUGAGAGGGCUGAAGCCAUUGAGGCUAAGCUUAUCAAGGGCAAGGGUGCGAAAGGAAAGGGAAAGGGGAGGAGGCGGCCCUCGAAGGGCACUCCGAAGAAGCUUGGCGCUAUGUCGAGCUUGAGUUGA